GCCAUCAUCUCCUCGUUGUUGCAAUAAAUAAGAGCUUCUCCAGGGUGUUUUUUUAGAGAGAGAAAGAACUGUGCACAGUGAGCGACUCUCUUUCUCUUUCUAUCUCUUCUGUUUUGGAAGGUAGAAAGAGAGAAGGAAAAGGCUUUGACAGAACGAACGAGCGAGCGAGAGAGAUGGAGGAUCUCAAGGAAGAAGGGAACGGAGGAGAGGAGGUGCUAGGGUCUACCUUGACCAUGGAGAAGGUUGCUGCAGCGAAGAAGUUCAUCGAGAAUCACUACAGGGUUCAGAUGAAGAACAUUCAGGAUCGGAAGGAGAGGCGUUGGAUUUUAGAACGAAAGUUAGCUUCUUCAGAUGUGCCAAAUGAGGAACGGAUCAACCUCAUUAAAGAUUUAGAGCGGAAGGAGACGGAAUAUAUGAGAUUGAAAAGGCACAAAAUUUGUGUCGAUGAUUUUGAACUUCUGACCAUCAUUGGAAGGGGGGCCUUUGGGGAGGUUAGGCUGUGUCGGGAGAAGAAAUCUGGAAAUAUUUAUGCCAUGAAAAAGCUGAAGAAAUCUGAGAUGCUUAGGAGAGGCCAGGUCGAACAUGUUAGAGCUGAGAGGAACUUGCUAGCCGAAGUUGCCAGUCAUUGCAUUGUGAAGCUUUACUACUCAUUUCAGGAUGCUGACUACUUGUAUUUAAUUAUGGAGUAUCUUCCUGGGGGUGACAUUAUGACUCUUCUGAUCAGGGAAGACACCUUACAUGAAAAUGUUGCUAGAUUUUACAUUGCUCAGAGUGUUCUGGCCAUAGAGUCUAUUCACAAGCACAAUUACAUUCACAGAGAUAUUAAACCUGAUAACCUACUUCUGGAUAAAAAUGGUCACAUGAAGCUGUCUGAUUUUGGCCUGUGUAAGCCUCUUGAUUGCAUUACCUUGCCUACACUGCAUGAAAAUCAGACUAUGGAUGGUGAAAUGGCAGAGCCAAUGGAUAUCGAUGAUGCGGACAAUCGGAGCAGCUGGAGAAGUCCACUUGAACAGCUUCAGCAUUGGCAAAUGAACAGGAGGAAGUUGGCAUUUUCAACAGUGGGGACACCAGACUACAUUGCUCCUGAAGUACUUUUGAAGAAAGGAUAUGGGAUGGAAUGUGAUUGGUGGUCACUUGGAGCUAUUAUGUAUGAAAUGCUGGUUGGUUACCCUCCAUUUUACUCCGAUGACCCAAUAACCACAUGCAGAAAGAUUGUUCACUGGAGGAAUCAUUUAAGAUUUCCAGAAGAUUGCCGGUUAACUCUUGAGGCGAAGGAUCUAAUCUACAAAUUGCUGUGUGAUGUUGAUCAUAGGUUAGGGACUAGAGGGGCACCUGAAAUCAAGGCUCAUCCUUGGUUUAAGGGUGUUGAGUGGGAUAAAGUGUAUGAAAUGGAGGCAGCAUUUAAACCACAAGUCAAUGGGGAGCUGGAUACCCAAAACUUCAUGAAAUUUAAUGAGGUAGAUCCACCAGCGGCAGGAAAAAGUGGAUCCGGAUCCUCAAGAAAGAUGCUAACUCCCAAAGAUAUAAACUUUGUUGGUUACACUUACAAGAACUUUGAUGCGGUAAAAGAAGGGCUGCGUCAGUCUUUAGGUGAUUCCAUGCAACAAUAUGCUUCUAAUCGGGCAGCUGAGGAAGCGGGUUUACAAAUGUUGGCAUCAUCCGGUGAUCCGAUGAUGCCAUAACUUCAUCCAUCUGUUGAGUUUAUGAGUACUUGCUUUGGGUUUAAAUAUUUGGCCAAGAACAUGUAUUAUGGUACUUCAAUUCCCAUGCCAUUUGAGAGAACAAUUUGUGUACAGUAAAUAGUUAAACAGCUGGUCAAAGCUUGUAGGGCAACAAACACCCUGUGUGAAUUUGAAUUUUCAAAUUAGGAACUGAGAGUUGUGCAACUGAGUGCUCCUGUGUGCUGGCUGCCCAGGUUGGCUGUGGAAAACUUGCCUUCUCUUGUGGCAGUUGCUGAUUAAAUGUUUAGUGAAUUUAGUGAGGAAUUCCAAACAAAGCGUCCUGGUAAUGUGAUGUGUACAUUAUUGCAACAUUGAAUUCUUUAACUAUAAUAGAAAAACUAUGCUUGGGGAUAGAUGGGUUAUAAAGAUUGUCUUUGGCUGCUUA